ACUGAGUGUGGAGAGCAGCAGCAGAGCCAUCAGAGAGCAGGAGCAGCUUUAUUCACUACAGCUCUCACCUGAGCACGAGUUCACUCCAUCUCUCACACCUUCAUCUCCAGCAUACCUUCUCCCCACGACGCCAUGGACUGUCGAAAAGAGGGGUGCAGUCAGCCACAGGAAGAGGAUAUCAUGGACAUCCCUCUGGAUGACCCAGCAGCCAACAAGGCUGCUACUAAGAUUCAGGCAGGCUUUCGGGGCCACAUGACCAGGAAGAAGAUGAAGGAUGACAAGCCCAGAGAAGAGAAACAACGAGAGCAGAAGUAGCUUCAGAGGACGUCCCACCGCCACUGCUGCCGCCCUGAUGGUUUUUCGUUCCCUGAGCAUGGCGGAGCACACACAUCACUGCAAUAACCAGAGGUCUUUUGUUGAAGAGAAAAAAAAAACUUCAGUGUAUGAUAUAUAUACAAGUGUAAACUUAGGGGAAACAAAAGUCUGCCCUCAGAUCAACGGCCUUUCACUCCUCCUCUGCUUCGGAUAGAGUCUGGACGUUAGUCUGUGGCACACAAUAGCCGUUCAGCAUGUUAAAUAGCUUCUGUGGAAAGUCAGUUUUAUUUUCCAGUGUUUUUUUAGAUGAUAAAAUUAUUUGUGGUUAACUGAAGGGAAUUUGUUCAUUUUAUGUCUUUUUUUCUCUGCUCACUUCCCUGGCUGUUCUUACAAUAUGGAAGUAUGCAUUUAUUACAAAACGGGCUAUUGCCUUUUCUAGUGUGACUUCUUUUGUUUCUGCUUGUUUAAUAAAGCAAAAUGGGUUGGA